AUGCUGAUCACGAUUCAGACAGGGAAAAAGGACAAGACAAGGCUUGCAUUGUUUGGCAAGGAGAAAUGUGGAGACGCUGGGGCUUUUCUAUCGGAUGCACCCCGCGAUUUCACCCCAGAGCACGGCCGUUCUCGCGGACAAGAUGCCUCACGACGGAGUCUCCCCCGCGUUUCCAGCGCUGGUGAAACGCCUCUGAACUAG